CCCUAUAAAUAGAGAAGAGAGUUCUGUGUUGGCUCACCUCUAAUUCAGACAAAUAGAAAGAAUGUCAGGCCCCGAGUGCUGCUCAAACCCUCCAGUCCUUAACCCAGCGAGUGGUUACGGCCAUGUCGAAAAGCUUGCUGGUCUGGACUCCUAUGUCACUGGUUCUCCCGAAUCCAAGCUUGCCAUUCUUCUCAUUGCUGACAUUUUUGGUUAUGAAGCUCCACUCUUGAGGAAGCUUGCUGAUAAAGUUGCAGCUGCUGGGUUCUUCGUUGUGGUACCAGACUUCUUUUAUGGAGAUGCUUUUCCUGGUGACGCUGGACCAGUUGGAAACUCUUCUGCUCUACCUAUAUGGUUGAAGACACAUAUACCGAUCAAAGCAUGUGAAGCUUCAAAACCAUUACUUGAAGCUUUAAAGAGUAAAGGUGUUUCUGCAAUUGGAGCUGUGGGCUUCUGUUGGGGAGCGAAGGCUGUGGUUGAACUUGCAAAGUAUGAUGACUUACUCCAUGCUGCUGUCUUGUGUCAUCCAUCAUUCGUCACUGUGGACGAUUUCAUGUUGGUGAAGGUUCCCAUUUCUAUACUUGGAGCUGAGAUUGAUCCGAUUUCACCACCUGACGUCGUAAAACAAUUUGAGGUGGUUCUAACUGCAAAACCUGAGAUCAAAAGUCAUGUGAAGAUAUUCCCAAAAGUUCAACACGGAUGGACAGUGAGGUAUGACUCUAAAGAUGAGGCCGCUGAGAAGUGUGCUGCGGAGGCUCAUCAAGACAUAUUGGAUUGGUUCUUCAACCAUCUCAAAUGAAUUGUAUCAUCGCUCAAUAUCUGUUUAUUGUCACUAAUAAUUGGGAUGGGAUCAAUAUGGACCUUAUCAAAUGCUUUUGUUUACCAUGAUUCAAUAAAAUGGAUGUAGUACUACU